CCCAGCUUCUUCUUCUCUCUCCCCUCGUGUGUCCGGCUUGUUGCGUUGCUGCUUCGAAGCUUUUUGGUUGUCGUUCUUUGGAAGUGAAUUGAGCUUGACGUUUGAUUUGUCGUCCAGGAAGAGAGGAAGCUGAGGCGUUGCUCCGACGACUGACUGGUCCACCGCGCUUCUUCACUUGCACGUCAGGCCCCGCGAUCGCGCGUCUUCCAACCCAACUCGACACAGCGCACACGUGUCCGGCAGAGGUACUGGACAGAGUCGCCCAUCACCUUCGUUCCCGAGUAACUCUACCUCACGACAUCAUCACUUCUCCACAAUGGCCCUCUUUACGCGCCAGCCCUUCGCUGAGCUAGGCGCCCCGCGCCUCCAGGCCCUCCAGAGCGCAAAGAACAGGCAGAAUGCUCUCACGCCUGCUUCCAACUCCAAGUUCGCGUCUCCACUCAAGCCAAGCCCCACCGCCUCGACAGGGAAGCGCAGCCGCGGCCCUGCCAUCUUCGAGGACGACGACUCUGAGAACGCCGACCCUUCAAUUUUCAACUCGCCCACCAAGAAGUCAAAGACCUCCGACGGAUUCUCCAAGCCCUCAAAGUUCGCGCUAGUGCCCUCGCCGCUGAGGACCAGAGAACCUCUCACCGCCUCGCCUUCCAUCCCAUCUGUGCGCAAGGCCCUCUCCUCACCAAACACCACCACAUCCACGCCCAUCAGUCACAGCCGCGGCUCCCCAAAGCACAAGCGCAUCGGCGCCCUCUCCAAGCGCCGCGCUUCCAGCUCGCCCUUCCGCCGCGUCGAUCCACCCUCGUUCUCCGCCCACAGCAGCCCCGCACUCCCUUUCUCCAUCGACGCAGCUCUUAGCGGAACCAUUCCCAACUACACGCCCAAGCCCGUCGCCACACCCACCCCAGCUGCCGUCCCUGUCUCCGCUCCUUUGGAGCUAGCAAGCCAUGUCGAGGACUCGAUGCCCACAUCGUGGUUCUUCGAGAUCCACGAGGACACCCCAGAGCAGGAAGCUGCCAACCUGAUGGAGCACUCCGCCUCUGUCCUCGACAUUUCCUCCGACGAUGACGCUGCGACCAAAGCGCGCAAUGAGGAGCUCGAGCGCGGCAAGGAGAACAUCCCGCCGCCGGACUUUACUCUCUCCCAAGCUCAAUCUCGCGGUGCAUCUUCCGUAUCCUUGGAGUCUGCGGGAGUAGAAGCAGCCGGCGUGAAGAUGCCCAGGCUCAGGGAGGUCAAGCAGGAUGCCAUGGACGAGGAUCGCAAGCCGUUGGGAGAUCUACCUGCGAGCGAGUUCUAUGGGGAGGGCUGCGACAAAGACAGCUAUGUUGUUGUUGACAAGGGCAUCGAGAGGCCGAGUGGAUUGAGCAAGGAAUUUGAGUUCAGUUGCGCGACCGAGGAGGAGCCUCAGCCGGUUCCUGAGGAAGCGCCUAUCGAGGCAGCGAAGGAAGAAGAGAGUGUUGUCGUCUACGCGGACGAGAAUGUAGUUCCUGUCGCGCAGGAAGACAUUCUUGAGGCUACUUUGGCUGUAACUUCAGAAUCUCAGCCCCUGGCGGACGAGGCGCCUUGAGAUGCCUAGACUUCACUUGUUUGGCUCGGCUUUACCUUACCUAAUGUUUCUCUCACGAUGGACGACAGCGAUGGAUGGACGGAUAGGCGUUACUUGUCAUGGGAUAUGCUGCGGUGCCUCUGGGUUUCUGCUCACUGCGUCUUUGGUCUGGACUGGUUGUACAUCAUGGCGUUUUGCUUUGGCUCUCAGCGAUACCUGGUGUUCUUGUCGGCUUACUUUCAUACUUGUGCCGUUGCUGCUUAGCGAGUCAAUUGCUUCAAUCUCAU